AUGAGGAAGUCCUUCAUUGAACGCAUCUUCCCGCACCCACCACGAAGUCCAAGCUCGCUUCCUCAGUACGAAGAUGACCUCUCGGUCUCGUCGUCUCGAUCUGACGUGCCUCGCCCUCGCAUUCGCCUGCAGGAUGCAGUAACUCCAUCGUCAUCGCCUGAUCGGAGACAGAAUGAACCGAUCUCUCCGACCUCCCAAGGAUCUCAGAAACUAAGCUCGUCCUUGGUGCGCCACAAUGAUCCCUUCCUCCCAGUCGAGAGAGCCGCCAAAUCCCUCGAGCGGACAUUCCAAAACCUCCUCGAUGCGCAGUCAGAAGGGCUCAGUGCUAGCAGCAUUGCGAGCGCGGAGGCGGAGGCGGAGGCGGAGGACUCGUCGUCCGUAGGAAGCCCCACGCCCACUCCAUCUAUUCUCUCGACGUCUACAAAGACAGGGGCAGGAACAGGUCCACGAACAAUACCCAUCCGCCAACCCAAGCCCAAAAAGAUUACACUCAAAGGCGCGCGGCGCGGCCUAGAAAAGUCCAUGAAGGAAUUUGCCGCUCUCAGGGAGUGGGAAUUGUCCCUCAUCGACCGAGAAGUUGUGGCCAGAGAUAACGGCCUGAAACAGGCUUCUGAUCUGGGAAAUCGAAGAAAACUCCUCGAGGAUGAAAUACAAAGGAUUAAAACGGAAGCAGGCCCGGUCGGCUUGCGCUCUGAAAUCCAAGCGGUGGAGCUGGAGAUCCAACACUUGGAGACAGCGUUGCUGGAACUCAGAUCCAAGCACAGAAUCCUGGUCACCCAGCUCCGCGAGACCGAGAGCUCGAGAGAUUCCGAGUUGAGCUCGUACAGGGAAUCGCUGGCUCUGAGCGAGAACCAGGUCAAAUCUUUUCUGCGCAGACCACCGAUCCAGCAGAGUCUGACUUCGGAACAAGAUCCGGGCAGCAUGUACGCCUUGAAGCCGGAGAGGCGGACGCUGCAGAUGGCACAGGAGCAGUGGACGAGCGAAGUGGAGAUGCUGGCGCAGAGAAAGGCGAGCGCGGAGAGUGAGAGGAACGCACUGGAAGAGGGUGCACGACUUUGGCGCGAUGUUGUAAGGCGGAUUGGUGAGUUUGAGAGGGACUUGAAGGCGCAGACGCGAGAGCUAUCUCAGUCGCACCUCCAAUCACCCUCCGCGAACGGAACAGAUGGCGACGGUGUUGCAGCAGCAACUGCUCAUGAUACGUCCAUCCACUUGAUGGUGACAAAACUGUCCGCGUUGAUUUCAUCUCUCGAGGGGGAUCUCGACGUGGCCGAAUCCAAGAGCUGGAAUCUCCUCACAUGCGCGAUUGGUGCCGAGCUCGCGGCUUUCCAGCAGGCGCGGGAUCUGCUCCAGCGGACCGCCAACACAUCAUCCACGACAACCAAUGGUGACUACGUCAAUGGAAGUCCGUCUGCACACGACAAAGAUCCACAAAGUCAAGAUUAUCCCCCCGAUCUGCUCAGGGGUAACUUGCUUCUUCAGACCAGCAGAUCACGGAGCCCAGGCGAAAGCAGCAAUCAGAGUCUAGAAGACACAUUACGCCAAUUCGGCAAUGCGCUCGACAAAGGGAAGCAAAAGGGAGAGGAUGAUCCUAAUCACCGAAGCCUUGAACUUGAUCGUCUAGGCGCUUCCGGGAAAUCUAGGUCACAGCCUCGUGCUCCUCCGUCCUCUUCUGCUAUGGACGAUGCUCUUGGUGGAGGGAUUGAUCAUGUUGUCCCGAACUCAACACCGAUGCCGAUGACGAACGUUGUUCGACCAAAGCCUCCAGACCGGACGAUGACUUCGGAAAGCGAGGAUGACGAGCCUGGGCCGGAGUUUCUCCUUUCUCAUGCUUGA